AGAAGAGUCCUAGGGAGAUGAGGCUAUUUUUAUUCGAAGCUGAUACUUCUGCCUGAGCCACAAGUGCUGCUUGGAAAGGGCUCAGGUUGUUUCCAGGGGGAGAACUCUGCAGAGACAAAGUUCAGCAAGACAACAAAGGAGCAGCAGAAACAACCAGGAAAACGAAGAGCCCUCCCGUUGUCACACAGAACACCCCAUCAGAGUUCUCAAACCCUAAAGUAUUCUGCAAAGUGCCACUUGACCGGAACUUGUGGCCUGCCUUUUCCUUUCUGGAACCACCAUGACUGAGAUCACUGCUGAAGGAAAUGCGUCCACUACUACGACUGUUAUAGACAACAAAAAUGGAUCUGUGCCCAAAUCCCCCGGAAAAGUGCUGAAAAGGACAGUCACAGAAGACAUAGUGACCACAUUCAGCUCCCCAGCAGCCUGGCUUCUAGUCAUUGCUCUGAUAAUCACGUGGUCUGCUGUUGCUGUUGUUAUGUUUGAUUUAGUGGAUUACAAAAACUUUUCAGCAAGCUCUAUUUCCAAGAUUGCCUCAGAUCCUCUAAAAUUUGCACAUCAUGCUGUGGAGGAAACGACAGACUGGGUCUAUGGCUUCUUUUCUUUAUUGUCUGACAUCAUCUCGUCUGAGGGUGAUGAAGAAGAUGAUGAAGGGGAUGAGGACACUGAUAAAGGAGAAAUAGAGGAGCCUCCCUUGAAAAAAAAAGAAAUACGCAAAGAAAAAACUGAAAAGGAGGAUAAACCUGAAAAGAAAAUACAAACUAAAGUUACACACAGAGAAAAAGACAAAGUGAAAGAAAAAGAAAAAGAAAAAGAAAAACUUGAAAAGAAAGCAACUCACAAGGAAAAAAUAGAGAAAAAAGAAAAACCAGAAACAAAGACAGUGGCAAAAGAAGAGAAGAAACCCAAGACUAAGGAAAAGACAGAAGAAAAGACUAAAAAGGAACUGAAAGGUGGGAAACAGGAGAAAGUGAAGCAAACUGCAAAAGUGAAAGAAGUACAGAAAAUACCACCUAAACCCAAAGCAAAGGAUGAGAAAGAUGAGAAAGCUGUGUCCAAGCAUGAACAGAAAGAUCAGUAUGCAUUCUGUCGAUAUAUGAUUGACAUGUUUGUCCAUGGGGAUUUAAAACCAGGACAAAGCCCAGCCAUACCACCUCCAUUACCAACAGAGCAAGUUUCCAGAACCACUCCAGCUUCACCUGCUCUUGAAGAAAAAGAAGGGGAAAAGAAGAAAGCUGAGAAGAAAGUGACUUCUGAAACAAAAAAGAAAGAAAAAGAAGAUGUCAAAAAGAAAACUGAGAAGGAAACUACUACUGAUGUGAAAAAAAAAGAGGCAGGGAAAGCCCAUGAAACCAAACAAGGGGCUAUAAAAGUUGCAGCACAAGCUAAAAAAGAUGAAAAGAAGGAAGAUUCCAAGAAAACAAAAGCACCUGCAGAAGAACAACCCAAGGGAAAAAAACAGGAAAAAAAAGAAAAAGAUGUGGAAUCAGCAAAGCCACCAAAGAAGGAACAUCCAGCGCCAAGUGAAAAACAAGUAAAAGCAAAAAUCGAUCGAGGCAAAGAAGAGGUUGGUGCUGCCUCAACUAAAAAAGCUGUACCUGGAAAGAAGGAAGAAAAAACAACCAAGACAGUGGAGCAAGAAAUUAGAAAAGAAAAAUCUGGGAAGACUUCUUCAGUUCUGAAGGAUAAAGAGCCUAUUAAAGAGAAAGAAGUGAAGUUGCCAGCUUCCCUAAAGGAAAAAGAACCUGAAACUAAAAAAGAUGAAAAGACAUCCAAAGCAGAGUCAAUGAAAUCUCCAUCAAAAUCCCAGCAAGGCAAAGAAGUCAAGCCUAAGCCUUCACAGCCACAACUAAAAAGAGAAGAGAAGUUAGAGCCACAAGUUACAAAAGAAACAAAAUCAGAACAAGACACAGUGAAACCAGAAAAGACUGUUUCUCACGGUAAACCAGAAGAAAAAGGUGCCAAGCAGGUAAAAGCUACCCCAAUAGAAAAAACAGUCAAGGCUAAACCAGCAAAAAAAGCUGAACAUCAAGAAAAAGAAUCUCUACCUAUAAAAACAGACAAAUCAAAACCAACUCUAAUGGAAACAUCAGAAGUCAGAGAAUCAGGUAAGUAUUCAGAAAAACCUGCAAGAGUAUCAGAAGAUUCUGAAGAGGUUCCAGCCUCAAAGAACACUAAAGAAGAAGCUGAAGAAGUGUCUUCCACAAAGAAGCAAAAAAGUCCUAUCAGUUUCUUCCAAUGUGUCUACCUGAAUGGUUACAAUGGCUAUGGAUUUCAGUUUCCUGUCACUCCUGCACAGCACCCUGGAGAGAGCUCUGGCCCAUCAAGUUCUCCAGGACAGAAGCAACAAGGACAAUAGACACACAUGGGCUUUAAGACUGAGAAUAGGAUCUUCCCUUUGUCCACAGUGGCAGAGACAACUGAAAUUUAAAAAUUGGGGGGAUUUCUUUGAAAAUAUUUUACUUUUCCACCUGGUAUAGAAAAAAAGUGGGCAAAGGGAUUGAGUAAUAAGCAGACAUGUUGAAGGGUCUGGAGCUCAAGAAUCUGCUAUUUGUGUUUGUUGCUGGCGUGGGUGUUUAUAUAUUUUUUCUAUUUCCACUCACCUUAGGGCUGUUCACAAAUUAAUUUGAAGUUUACUUAAUAAUGGUCUUUUAGAUGUAAUUGAUACAGUUAUAACAUCAAAUUCCUGAUUUCAGUUAGAUAUGCAUUUUUAAAUAAAAACAUAGACUAUGCCUAAGUUUAAAGAGUACAUGAACUUAUAUAAAAGCUACGAUUUUGCAUCAUGUAGGUAUUUAAAUUUAAUUUACCAAUAAGCUGAUGUUUAAUAGUUUAAUUUUAUUUAUGUCUAUUUUUAUUUUGGUUGUGACUAUGGUCUGAGACUGGGUUACAGUUGUACCAAAGAGUGCUGUAUUUUCCUUGUGAUGCUCCUUUAGAGCUCAAAAAUGUCUUUGAACUUCAGGCAUGACAAAAAGGAAUAGAAAUGUUUGAUAAAUCUUAUCUCUAAGACAUUCACUCUAGUGAAAAUACACUACCCAAUUAGGCAGGUCUGGUGAAUCAUUUGUGUAAAAUAUAGGCAAAUGAGAUGUAGAAUUUUCAGAUCUCUCCAGACUAUGACCUAAAGAAAGUAUCACCUGGGUGAAAUUUUAGAUCAGUCACUAAAUUUGGGUGACAGAUGCAAGAGUAUUUUCAUUUCACUUUAAUAGGAUCCUUCUAUGGAAUUAAAUAGUUUUUUUUUUUCUCAAAAAGAAAAAAUACAAGUGUCAUCAAACUUGAAGGAACGUAUUUUAAACAUAAGUGCAUCAUGAUACGUCUUACUUGUUUCUUUGGUAAUUGGUUAUCAGUGCCAAUGAAAUGAAUGACAGUCUUUAACUUACUUGACAACACAUCAUUGGGAGUGACUAUUGUGGUUUUGCUAUCUUUUGUCUCCCAAUGAUAUAAACAUUUGUGUUCUUUACCACAUUUUCUUAUCAGCUCCAACAGUCUUGCCACUGUGAUCUCUUUAUGUUUACAGUUGCAACUCAACUUAUGUCAAAUUAACUCAGGAAAUAAAUUGAGUUAUUUUUUCUAGCAUUGUAUUUACUUUCUGGCAAGGUAGCCAGAGCCAAUAGGCGAUUUAUUUUCAAGGACUGCAACUACCUAAGUUCUUUAAUUCCAAGAUUUACAACACUGGUUUACUAAAAUAUCGUUAGACUAGGGCAUCAGUAAUGCAUUUGUUACUGAUAAUGGACUUUCAGUGACUUUUGUGAGAGCAGUAGGUCUCAGCCACAUGCUGAUAGACCUAACUCACCCCACAAAGGCCAACAUUACAAUGAACCAAGAUUAAUGACACUCCUUAUGGGGGGCCUAGCAAUGUGUACUAUCAGGACUGACCAGGUGAUACCAUCUUGCAAAGCCCCUUUAUGUAGCAUGGAAACUUGUGAUAGGACAGUGGAUAGAGUUUAUUGUUCAACUGCUACUCCAGCUUGUCCAAUUCAGUGAGAAAAGGUAAUAGAGAGAAAAUACAGGGAUUUUUUUUUAGACUUCAUAGAACAGAAUGAUUUAGUCAUUCAUUCUUUCAUUCAAUGACUAUUUAUGGAGCACUUACUCUUCCUAGUGCACUGUGUUAGGCACUGGACUGUAUCAGAGAAAUAUUGGAGAUAAAUUCUCUUACUAGUUUUAUCCUGACACAUGUAGCCUUGGAAAACUUACUAAACAUUCUAUGCUUGUUUCCCAAUAUGUAAAAUGGGAAUUUCACAACAACCAACCUUAUACACAGAUACACUGUGGACACUAACAACAUAUCUUAAUAUAAAUACAACAUCAAAAUUAGUUCCUCAGAUAAUACUUUUGGAUGUUUUCUCUCUGAGUGCUUUUCUACAUAUUACUGUUUCAUUCUCAUUAUAAAAAUUACUUGAUAAAAAGUAAAAUAUGAUAAUUUAUUAUAAUUAAAUUGUAGGCAAACCAGUUAGGAUUUAUUAGUAAUAAUAAUUAAUUAAUUGUUAAGGCUUAUCUGCUUAAAGUUAUAAUGAUGAUAGCACAUGAGAAUAUUAAUGAAACUCUUUAUUUGUUUGUAUGGUUCCACCAAAUAAAGUAUUUCUAGUCCUUU